GUACUCUCUGGGUGGCUUGUCCAGAUGAGGUCUCACUUCCCUCUGCUACGAAGAGCGAUCCGUCAACGAAACCCAGAAGGUCGGAUACGCCGCAUCCCGACUCGAAGGCAAAGCACUCCGAUGAUUCGAACGAACAUUGAAAGACUAUCUGGGGCAUGAAAACGACGACGACCGAGAGGAGUUUACGCAAGAGGUUUUCACGAAGCACACCAAGUGCGAGGAAGAGAUCCGCAAGGUAUUCGGUGACGUUGACGAGAAGUUGCACGCGUGGGAGCGACUCGCCAGGCUACGCCAGACCAAGUUCAUCGCAGUUUGCGCUACUCAGUUCCCACAAGGUGCGCUGCGCG